AUGGAUCGUUUAGAUCAAAUAGUUGAUAUCACUGAUCUCCGUAGAUAUUCUUGUUGUUCAAAACAUAAAAGACCUGAAGAAUUUACUAGAUUUUAUAGAGGCGAAGAACAAGAGUUAGAUACAUGUAAUAAUUGUUCAGAUAAAAGAAAAAAAAAGUCUUCAAAAUCUAAUAUUAAUGAAGAUUUUGAAACUUCUGAAAUUUCAAAUCAAUUUGAUUAUCAAGAUGAAAGUAAUGAUCUAGAAGAUAGCGUUUUAUAUGAGUUAAACGAGUUAGAAGAAUUAGUUGCCAUGCAUUUUGCGAAUGAAGAAAGUCAAGAAAUAAAAUUUUUAAAUACAUUUGAAUUUGAGGAUAAAUUGAUUGACAAUUCCCAAGUUCUAAACGAUAAUAUUGAGGUCAAAAUUCGUAAAUUAA